CCGUCAAACUUUCCGUGUAGUCCAAUCUCAUAUUCUCUCAUCUCCUCCAAUAAAAACCAUUUUCGUUCAAAAUCAAAAAUCCCCAAAUCACAAGAAGAAGAAGAAGAUGGGUUUACAGAACCAACUCACCGACGUUUCCACCGAGUCGAUUCCGAUUCUCAUGGUGGUCUUCCUCGCCAACGCCGUCGCCUACCUCCGCUCCCUCGUCUUCGCUCUCCUCCGCCUCGUCGGCCUCGCGUCGCGGUUCGACCCCGACCGCAUCGACGACACGCUCUACGACGCGGUCGGUUCCGGCUUGGCCGGAGUCAUUGUCCUCGCCGAGCAGUUGAAUUUGAACCGGAUCUUCUCGUACCGGUUGCAGGGAGCCGGUCCUAACUGCGUCGUUUGCCUCGACCGCCUCGGCGACGGCGACCACGUCCGGAAGCUGGACUGCAGGCACGUCUUCCAUAAGGAGUGCUUCGAUGGCUGGCUUGACCAGCUCAAGUUCAAUUGCCCUCUCUGCCGGUCUCCGCUCGUCUCCGAUGAGAGCGUCUCCCUCACGCGCCAGCGCGUUGCCGGAGACGUGUUGGCCUGGUUCUCCUUGCGAUGAUGUGCGGCUAUGAUUGCAGUAGUUGUUGAUAUCUUGAUGAUGCGUUUAUGACUUCUGAACUUUUUUUUUUUUUUUUGUUUAAAUUUUAUUUCCUUUUUUCAGGGAAUUAUUUACCUUUUUCUUUUUCCGCUUUUUGAAGUGCUCUUUGAAGAGCCCUUUUCAGUUUUCACCGAUGCUGUAAAAUAUUUUCACAGUUUUGCCGGUCAAUAAGAAACUUCAUAUAUAUAU